AAAACCUUUUUUCUCGCCAAAAAGUUCGUCAAAUUUUGACUCAUUUUCCCGAUGCCCGCCCCCGUCAGCCGAAUGAUUAUAAGGAGGGCAUUAAGAAAGAGACAGGUGACCAAAGUCUUCGUAUCAUUUUGUGUUUUUCUUCGUUACUUUCUUUCCCCGACGGUAUUGAUCCAUAAAGAUUGCGUUCAACAUGUUCUCACUCCCUAUUUUCGUUCUUAUUGCGUCAUUUUCAAUUGCACACGGAUUUGUCGUAAGAACUCGCCGAGGAGCCUACAUGUCCAGCAGUUCAUAUUCUAGGCCAAGUUACGGAGGAGACCAAUGGGGUCAGAAUAAUAAUUAUAAUCCAUAUCAAAACAAUUGGAAUCAACAAAACCAGAAUUGGGAUCAAUAUGGAAACAGAGGUAGUCAAUAUGGAUCCUCAUACGGGCGGCCUUCAAGUUAUGGGCCACCACAGCCAAGCUACUCCCCACCAAAAUCCUCAUAUGGACGCCCAGAACCCACCUACUCCCCAUAUUCGCGGCCUAGCUCUUCAUAUGGAAGACCACCUCAGUUCUAUCCAGCUCAGCCAGGUCCAGCGGUGCCAGCUGUGAUACCUCCAGUUGUCACUCAGCCAAUUGUGCCGCCUCCAGUUCCAGAAGUUUCUGAGCCAGUUCCAGAGCCACCAAUCCCAGCUCCAGGCCCUGUUGCUCCACCAACACCAUCUGGUCCACUAUUCGGAGGAGUUGAGCCAGGAGCCGGAGCUCUUACCCCAGGAGUUGCUCCACCACCAACUGAUGAGGAGAUGACAAGGGUGGACGCAGCGGAAAAGGAGAAUGAGGUCCGAAAAGCUCGUGGUGGACCUCCAGGCAUCAAUGUGGCAGCGAUUGCUGAAACUGGAACUCUCCCACCUCAAGCUUCAAUUCCAGAUAUUCCAAUGCCGCCUGUUUAAAUUUUUUCCAAAUUUGUGUAUUCCCUUCCAAAACCCGACUCAAGUACUUUCAUACGGUUAUUUUUUCAGUUUUCUGCACUUUUUCUGUUCCAAACAACCACGACUUUGACCUUUUUCGAAUAAAAUUCAUGCUUCAAAAAACAAAUGAAAUUGGUUUCUAUGGAAACGACAAGAUA